AUGUUUUGGAAGACUUUGCUGCUGCUGCUGUUCUAUUACAGUGCUCAUGCCACUGUGACCCACAGAUGGAGCAGAGCUAUGCUUUUCCCAGCUGCUCAGCGAUUCAAGAGGUCCUCAGCUGCCUUCCUUAAUCCAGUGCUACAAAACUCGCUGGAAGAUGUGGUCCUGCUUUAUGAGUUUCUUUUAGCUGAGCUUGACAUUGACAAACGUCAAAGGAUCUCCAUCAAAGAUGAGGAGCUCGCUUCACUGAGGAAAGCUGCUGAGUUUGACACCAUCUGCAAUGAGAUUAUCCCCAAGAGCAUCACAGAGAUCCGCAGGCUGAGUAGCAGGCUGUCUUCCUACCCAAGGGCCCUGAAGAACGAAGACUUUGAAAGGACAGUGCUGACCAUGGUCUACACAGCCUACAGGGCUGCUCAAUCCCAGGGGCACCAGAAAGACGCUUGGACUGAAUCGUUUGUCAGUCUUUACAAAGCCCUGAAGCACGACUUGAUGUUCCCAUACAACAAAGAGCCAUCAUAG